AUGUCCUCGCACGCCAAGCAAGCCAAGCCUGCGGAUCCCAACCACAUCAGCGAGCGCUUUGUUUCCUCCCUGGUUAAGAACAUAAACGCGGUACAGAUCCCAUGUAUUCUUUGGGGAAACCGUCUCCUUCGAGCCCACGGAGUCCCUACAAUUAUUGGUGUAAAUACAUCCCUUCAGUCACCUCAAUUGUCGCGGCACAAUCCACUAACCCGACGAAAGUCGAUCGAGUUUGUAGUUCCCGAUGGUCGAGUAUCCGCCGCCGCGGCAGCCAUUGCGUCUCCCAACCCGACUCGUACCACUCCCACGCCGGGCCGCCACUUUCAUAUCCGAGAAAGGAAGGAAACGGUCGCCAUCCUGUCUCAGUCACAGGCACUCUGGUUCCUCCCAGCAAUGAGCGCCAAACUUGUGGCGCCUCACAAGGCUGACCUGCCCUCUUACCUCAUCCUCGCCUCCGACCGGUCGGAGCUCCCACCGCAGAGGCCAAAGCGCGGCUCUGGCUGCUUCAAAAACCCGCUGAUCCCCGUCCUCACAGUCCCCGCCCACAUCCUCGCCGAGGCCUACCUACGCCUGUACGCACGUUAUGCCGGAGGACCUAGUAGCGCCGCUUUCAUGACCAGGCUUGCCUGGCUCAGGAUGUAUGUCGAGGAGGACGGAUACGUCAUCGCGAAGCGACUCCCGCAGUCCCUCCGCCCAUUCUACGUUGAGCUCACCAAAGGCGCACCUAUUCGCGAGUGGACCCAGAGGCUCCAAAAAGAACUUGGAGAGCGGGUAGCCUGA